AUGGGUCGAGGACGAGGCUCAGCACUGCCUCUUCGGCCGCUGAAGCGACGCGAAAGAUCGCUUUCGCUGGACCGCAAGCCACUCCACGAUGCAAACGACUCGCAAAUUCCAGAUUCGCCUCCAGAAGACACGCACGAUCCGGCGCCAAACAGCUAUGCCUCGCACCCAGCACCAAUCCAAAAUCUUCCCACCGUCUCCGAUAUCCCUCGCGAACUGCGGCCCCAGGAGCAAAGACCAAAAUCCACGUACGAGCAAGUCAUCAAGUGCCGUAGAAUCGAAGAUCCCAGCAAUCCAAACCCUCCCGAUCCCCGCCGAAUUGCUGCAACUCAUCACAUCCUUCGCUCCCCACAACAAGCCCAACCGCUCCGCUACUGGUUGACAUAUAUCAUUCCGAUCCUCCUGCUCAGCAUCACGGCCAUCCUGAUCACAUUUUCUUUAUACAGGAACCAGCGUGACCAUGAAUGUCUUCGCCUUGACAUUGCGGAUUCGAGAAAUUUGCAGUGUGGGGAUUAUGUGGAUGGGGGGGCGCAGUCGAUGCCGAAAUGUCAUGGGUUGUCGAUGAUGAGGAUUGGAAAUGCGACGGCCAAGUUUGACGGGUUGGUUUGGAGGGCUUGGACUUUUGCUUAUGCUUUUGGGGAGGAGACUUUUGCUUGUGCGAGUUUUUUUGACAGGUGGGAGUGUAGAGAGGUUGGGUGUGUGGGGGAGGAGUGUGAGGGGUUUGGAAAUGUUUGUGUUGAUGAGGGUGCGAGGGGGGAGGAGGACGAGGACGAGGACGAGAAUGAUGAGGAUGACGAUGACGAUGACGAUGAGGACUCUCCGCUUGGGAAUGCACUUUGA